AUGACGUUAGAAAGUCCCUUGUGCAAUUCUACGGCCACGGUAAUAUUCUAUGCACCAAACGCAGCGUUAUACGAACAGGUCAAGGAGUUCUACAAGAAUGUUUUGAACUUCACUGUCGACGAACACUCCUACGACUCAUGCUCUUUGCUUGCGAACAAGGCUGCCUCCUGCAACGUUUCAGCGAUAAGUUUGCUGGUUGACGAAGAAAACGCAGCAUCGGUCACGGAAAUUGAGGGAAACAUUAACAACCUACUAAGCCACAAGAAGAAGAGAGAUUGGAGAACACUCCAGAGUGCCAUUUCUCUUGAAAGUGACAAGCUUUUAGCUGUGAUUGAGAAACUGAAAAAUGCCAACUGUGAGUUCCAGAUCAGACCAGACGAAUUGAACCCAUUCGAGGUGUACGUCAUUGAUCCCUUAGGCUCGAUAGUCGGUUUCACGGCAUUGAAAAAUGCAUUUGCAGUCAAUGAGUCUUCCAGAACUUUCAAAUCUGCUGAUUUUGUUUUUGAAGGCGAAGCGGCAUCUUCUGUCAGGAGUUUUUUGGAUGACUCCCAUAGUAGUUCAAACGAUGCGGCUGUGAAGAGACAAAGAAACAUUGCUGUUAUGACUUCCGGCGGUGAUGCACCUGGUAUGAAUGCCAAUGUUAGAGCAAUCGUCCGUUCUGCAAUCAACAAAAACUGCCGUGUGUUUGCAGUUCAUGAAGGUUACUCCGGCUUGGUCAAUGGAGGACCAGAAUACAUCAAAGAAAUGAAAUGGGUCGAUGUCCGAGGGUGGUUAAACAUGGGCGGUACUAAUAUUGGUACUGCCAGAUGCAAAGAGUUCAGAGAAAGAUGGGGCAGACUGAAGGCGUGUAAGAACAUGAUUGAAGCUGGUAUCGACGCAUUGAUUGUCUGUGGUGGCGAUGGUUCGUUAACCGGUGCCGAUCUGUUUAGAGCCGAAUGGCCUGACCUUAUCAAAGAAUUAUUAGACAAGAAGGAAAUAACAGAAGAUACAUAUCACACAUACAAACACUUGAAUAUAUGUGGUACUGUGGGUUCAAUUGACAAUGAUAUGUCAAGUACCGAUGCUACCAUUGGUGCUUUUUCAUCUUUGGACAGAAUUUGCCACGCGAUAGAUUAUAUCGAUGCAACCGCCAAUUCUCAUCAGAGAGCAUUCGUCAUUGAGGUUAUGGGUAGGCAUUGUGGUUGGUUGGCAUUGAUGGCUGCCAUUGCAACCAGUGCAGAUUACGUUUUCAUUCCAGAAAAGCCCACCUCAGUGGAUGAAUGGUCCGAUCAUAUGUGUGAGGCAGUUUCUCAGCAUAGAUCAAGAGGUAAGAGAAAGACCAUUGUUGUUGUUGCAGAAGGGGCAAUCAGCUCAAACCUUACCCCGAUAACAUGUGAGGAUGUGAAAAAAGUCCUUGUUGAUAGACUAGGAUUGGAUACCAGAGUAACUACAUUGGGUCACGUUCAAAGAGGUGGUCCUGCUGUUGCCUUUGAUCGUUUCUUGGCUACUCUACAGGGUGUGGCAGCUGUUGAUGCAGUUUUGGAGGGUACUCCUGAUACACCAUCUCCUAUGAUCGGUAUUGCUGAGAAUAAAAUCGUGAGAAGAAAGUUAGUCGACGCGGUUAAACUUACUAAGUCGGUUGCCAAGGCAAUUGAAGAUAAAGAUUUCGAAAAGGCUAUUUCUUUGAGAGACUCGGAGUUUCAUGAACACCUCAAGUAUUUGAUUGCGAUGAAUACAGCAGACUUCAGAGAACCUUCACUACCAGUCAAGAAAAGAAAGAACUUUGCAAUCAUAAAUGUUGGUGCGCCUGCAGGUGGUAUGAAUUCCGCAACUUACGCUUUUGCAAACUACUGCAUGUCUAGGGGACACGUUCCAUAUGCAAUUUACAAUGGUUUCAGUGGUCUUGCGAGACAUGAAUCUAUCCGUUCCAUUGAUUGGUUGAACAUAGAAAACUGGAAUUCAUUAGGUGGUUCCGAAAUUGGCACUAACCGUACGACACCUGAAGAAGCUGAUCUUGGUCUAGUGGCUUACUAUUUCGAGAAAUACCAAUUAGAUGGGUUGAUAGUGGUUGGUGGUUUCGAAGCAUUGGAAUCGGUUUCUCAAUUGGAAGCAGCAAGAGAAAGUUACCCAUCGUUGCGAAUUCCAGUUGUCUUAAUUCCUGCAACAAUCUCGAAUAAUGUCCCAGGUACAGAAUACUCUUUAGGCUCUGAUACAUGUUUGAACAAAUUGGUUGAAUAUUGUGAUAUCAUUGGCCAAUCUGCUUCUGCAACAAGAAACCGUUGUUUUGUUGUCGAAUGUCAGGGAGGUAACUGUGGUUAUAUGGCAACUAUGGCACAACUAUGUGCUGGUGCAGAGUGUUCCUACGUUCCAGAGGAAGGAAUAUCACUAGAGCAGUUGGAGACUGAUAUACAAACUUUGAAGGCAGGAUAUGCGUCAGACAAGGGAAGAAAUCACACUGGCCGUAUCUUGAUAAAAUCAGAAAAGGCAAGCAAAGCAUUGUCAACAGAGGUCAUUGGUCAAAUGAUUAGCUUGGAGUCUGAGGGACGGUUUGAUUCGAGAACAGCGAUCCCGGGUCACGUUCAACAAGGAGGUAUCCCAUCGCCUAUUGACAGAACACGUGCCACUCGUUUUGCGAUCAAAGCUGUCGAGUUUAUGGAGGAGAAAUGGAGUGUUGUUCACAAUGCUGAAGACGAAAUUGGGGAGUUUGAAGACUCGGAUGAAGUUAGUGCGACUGCUGCGGUAUUAGGUAUUGAAAGGAGCCAUGUCAAAUUCCGUUCUGUGAAGACCAUUUGGAAUAAUGAAACUUCUCAUGGUACAAGAAUGCGUAGAGAGAUAUUCUGGGAGAAUAUCAGGGACAUUGCAGACAUGUUGGUAGGGAGAGUGAAAAUUUAG